GGCGGCGGCCGGGCCAGCGAGCGAGGGAGGCGCGGCUGCGCAGAGGUGCCGCCCCCCUCGCCUCACACUUGAGCGAGCGCGCGAGCGGCCUCUGAGGCGGGCGACGGGCCGCCGCUGCUACUGCCGCCGCCUCUUUCCUCACACGACGACCACCGCGGCAGCGACGAUGGCCGGAGCGGCGGGGCCGAGGACUUGGGCAGCGGCUGCGUUCCCCGGCAGAGCGGUACUGGCUUCCCCGUCUUCCUCUCCCUCGCCCGUCGUCGCCGUCGUUCUUCUGAGGGACUCGCCGCGGCGGAGGCAGCGCCGCCUCAGCGCCGGGCCCGCCCGCUGAAAGCCGCGGCGGCUCUUCUCCCUCAGCUGCCGGGUCCGGGGAAAGGAGCGAGGGCGGCGCGCUUUCGCCUACCCCGCCCCGCGCGGGGAAGCAGCCGAGCCUGAGAGGAACCGCAGCCAGACGGCGACGGCGAGGAAAGGCGGGCCAUGGGCGCCAAGCAGAGCGGCCCGGCCGCCGCCAAUGGCCGGACCCGGGCUUACUCCGGGGGGGACUUGCCUUCCAGUAGCGGCGGCGGCGCGAACGGGCGGCCGGCAGGCGGCGCGGCGAGGUACACGCACCUGGCCCCGGGAGGGCAGCACCACGCGGGGCCCGGCGGCUCGGCCAGCGGAGCGGCGGCGGCGGCUGCGCCCCGGAGCAGGUCUCUAGGCGGGCCGGGCGCGUCCGGGGCUCGCGCGGCUCAUUCUGCCUUCAACAUCCCCAACAGCAGCGGCCUCUACGGCUCGCAGGACUCGGUCAGCAGCACCCCUGAGGAAGGGGGCAGGGAACGGGCCGCGGCCGGAGGAGGUGGAGGCGGCGGUGCUGGAGGAGGACACGGCAGCGGCGGGCCCCGGCUCGUCAUCGGCUCGCUGCCCGCCCACCUCUCGCCUCACCUGUUCGGAGGAUUCAAGUGCCCUGUUUGUUCCAAGUUUGUCUCUUCAGAUGAAAUGGAUUUACAUCUUGUGAUGUGUUUGACAAAACCAAGGAUAACCUACAAUGAGGAUGUGCUGAGUAAAGACGCUGGGGAGUGUGCAAUAUGCCUGGAAGAGCUGCAGCAAGGGGAUACAAUAGCACGAUUGCCUUGUCUAUGCAUAUAUCAUAAAGGAUGCAUAGACGAAUGGUUUGAAGUAAACAGAUCUUGUCCUGAGCAUCCCUCAGAUUAACGUCAGAGUUUCCUGUUUUGUGUAGUCUCUCACACUGAUCAUCACGUGUAAAGGAUUUGGCGUUCCAUCUUCAGAUGCCGACGUGAGACUGGACUUCUGUUCACUUUGUACUGGAAAGUUAAGAGGGAGAUGGAACACGACACGGGACAAGUGAUGCGAAGCUGGAAGCUCAGUGUACCGACACUCAGCUUAAAGGAGGCACAGGGAUUCUUGAAAAUGCUGCACAUCCUGGAAAAGUCCUCUUCCCACAGACUUUACGGACAACAUUUUGUAUCUACAGGCCAAAGUUACUAACUUUCAUUUUAAUUUUUUUUUUAAAAAAAGAAAACUGUCUACAGAAGCAGUUUGUUCUCACGUUCUUUCUUGAAUGGAAGCUGUGUGCUCCGGAUCAAGAUUCUGGGACAUUGUACAAGGAAAAUGCCAUUUUGGAGUUGGAAUCCGCCCCACUCCCACUGUGUACCAGGAGCUUGGGAUUGGGGGUAAAGGCAGUCUAUGAAGUACAUACAGUUAAGCGGUGUGAACUUCCUCAUGAAAUUUUGCACCCUUUCUGCUGUUCACAUUUUUUCUGUGAAAGAAUGCAACAUUCCUUGACUUAGGAUUUUAUUUUUUAUUUUUUAAGUAAAGCUUUGCCAGAGUGCAGCCCAAAGAGCAAAAUGUAAUCAAGGCAGAUCAUUAAUUGACGUCGUUGAUCAGGCUACAGAGUUAAUUGAAAUCCGCAUACUGUGUUCAUUUACUGAAAUUCACCUUUACUGCUUGUGGAUAUCAAUGCAGCAGCAAAACUG